AUGUUGUAUUUAAUUGGACUGGGGUUGUCUCAUGAAACGGACAUUACAGUUCGUGGACUCGAGGUCGUUAAACAAUGUAAACGAGUCUAUCUUGAAGCAUACACCAGUAUUCUCAUGACUGCUGACAAGGAAUCACUGGAGAAGUUCUAUGGUCGUGAAGUGAUUCUCGCUGACAGAGAGUUGGUAGAGUCUGGUUCAGAUACAAUCCUUGAGAAUGCUCAAGAGGAUGAUGUUGCAUUUUUAGUUGUUGGAGACCCAUUUGGAGCGACAACUCACACGGAUCUUGUUUUGCGAGCUCGUGAGCUGGGAAUCAAAUAUACUACUAUUCACAAUGCAUCAGUCAUGAACGCCGUUGGCGCCUGUGGUUUGCAAUUAUACAAUUUCGGACAAACCGUGUCAUUAGUAUUUUUCACUGACAACUGGAAACCUGACAGUUUCUAUGACAAGGUUCUCGAAAACCGAAAACUCGGUCUCCACACCCUGCUUCUUCUUGACAUCAAAGUCAAAGAGCAGAGCAUUGAAAACAUGGCUCGUGGCAGACUUAUCUACGAACCCCCAAGAUACAUGAGCAUUGAAACAGCAGCAUCUCAACUGCUCGAGAUCGAGGAAAUACGAGGAGAAAACUGUUACGGACCUAACACUCCAUGCAUUGCUGUGUCAAGACUGGGUUCACCAGCUCAAACAAUCCGUUCUGGAGUCCUCGAAGAAAUGGUCGAAUACGAAUCAGGUGCCCCAUUACACUCGCUGGUCAUCCUCGGAAACCAAGUGCACGACCUCGAGACCGACUUCAUUGUGGAGUUUGCCGAAAACAAAGACCGUCUCCGAGCCGCUAUCAAAGAAGACGCCCAGAACUUUGCCAAACCCGUCCCCCCACCACCAGAAGACGACUUCAGCGACUAA